UUCAAACCACGCACGUUCAAAGAUAAGUUUAAAAAACUUUUUUUUCGAACAAAAUGUCUUGAUGCUGGUAACAGUAUACACUAUAACAGCUACAGUACACCGUGCGACGUUGUUUGACAAGUCUGAAAAUGAAAUACACCGGCAGAAGAAGCAUGGUUGAUAACACCAGCAUUGCAACAAAAUCUGCUUUGCAAGCUGCUUUCUCUUCAGCGAACACCCUUCCCCUGUUGGUAUCUACUGCCUCUGCUCACAGCCACUUCUCCGGCUCGCAGUCUCAUCAGCCCAGCGGCGGCAUGAAGCUGGAGGCGGUCAUGGAAAAUCUCCAGCGGCAGCAAGCAGCACGACUAGCGCUGGAAGAGAAGCUCCGGCAAGCAGAGAAGGAAAAAGAGAUAAGAUCCAUGGUGGAGACACAGAUCCAACAACAGCAAGCCAUAGCUUUCCGUCACUACCAGGCAGCAGUCCGUGGCUCAUUCGCCGCAGGACUACCUGAUCCUUGCUCGGCUUCAAGCACAGCAGAGCGACCGCAGCCCCACCAUGCAGUGCAGAGGCAGGCAGACCCGACUGAAGACUCGGAUAUGGACGAUGAACUGGAGGGUGAUCGCGGGAUGGAAGAUGAAGAUCGGGACCUAGAAGAAGAUGAACUGGAAGAUGAAGGUGUCGUGGAUGAAGACAUGGAAGGGGACUUAACUCACUUUCAGCCUCUCCACCCGAUACAAGCAGCACCGGGACAGUCAACGAAGGCAGCCGCAGCGCAUACGCUGUCCAGAGUCGGACAGUCUCAGUAUCCCACUCCGGGACAGUCUGAAUCUCCCGGUGGACUGUCACAGCAGGGACAAUCACAGCACCACGAAUGGACUUACGAGGAACAGUUCAAACAGUUAUAUGAGCUGGAUGAUGAUGAAAAGAGGAAAGAGUUUUUGGAUGAUCUCUUCAGUUUUAUGCAGAAGAGAGGGACUCCAGUGAAUCGGAUUCCUAUCAUGGCCAAGCAGGUGUUAGAUCUCUACACUCUCUACAAGCUUGUCACAGAAAAAGGCGGCUUAGUGGAGGUCAUCAAUAAGAAGAUAUGGCGUGAGAUCACCAAAGGUCUAAACCUUCCUACCUCUAUCACUAGUGCAGCUUUUACUCUCAGAACACAGUAUAUGAAGUACCUUUAUCCCUAUGAAUGUGAAAAGCGGGGUCUCAGCUCCCCGGGUGAGCUUCAGGCAGCUAUUGACAGUAACCGAAGAGAAGGUCGCCGACAGAGCUACGGGUCAGCCUUGUUCAGCUACUCUCCUGUGGGGACGCCUAAUGUCCUCUCCUCACCAAAGAUCCAGAUGCCUCCAAUCGCAAUGCCUACUCCCAACGGUGGCCACAUCACUACUGCCAUAAAGAAAGAAGAGACGAUGCUGUCGAGCAGCGUGCCCAGCAGGAUCGCCAUUCCCGUGUCGCUCGCGGGACACCACGUGGCCGCCGCCCAGGCGGUGGCGGCCCAGGCGGCAGCGGCGGCUCAAGCGGUGGCCCUGGAACAGUUGCGGGAGAAGCUGGAGUCAGGGGAGCCUCCGGAGAAAAAGAUGAUGCUGAUGGCCGAGGAACAGCAGCGGAUAAUGCAGCACGCGCUCCAGCAGAACCUCUUUGCCAUGGCAACACAGCUCCCAAUGAACAUCAAAAUUAACAACAGAGAUGAUAGACAAGAGACUGCAUUGAACCUGUCUACCAACGGCAUUAGCAGCAUCAACAUGUCAAUAGAAAUAAAUGGAGUUGUCUACACAGGUGUCCUGUUUGCUCGAAAGCCGGUCAUUCCAGUGAUACACGGAAGCAAUGGAAACAGCAUGAACAGCUCUCAGGGAAAGUCCAGUCCAGGACAGCCUGCACAAAACCAGCCAUCCUCGUCCUCCUCAGCCCAUGGGCAAACCUCCAGCAGGAGUUCCUCGCCGUGAACACUCUGCUCAUCCCACAGACAGUCACGGACCUCCUUAACAAGUCAAGCAGUCCAAAAAAAUGAAAAAAGAAAAGACUUCUGUGUUUUUGGAUGUGGCGUUUUGUUCUUUUUUGUUCUCAUUCGUUAAAGAGUUUCCAAAUGCAAAACGGAAUAUAAAAUGGUUACUUGUAAGGACGUUGCUUCAGCAGAAACAAACAAAAAAAAAACAAUAUACUUGCUCUUAAAAGUGUGUGAACUGCAGCUUUGUCAGUAAAAACAAAAAAUGCAUACAUAGAAAUUUUCAUAUUGUGAACAUCAUUUUCUAGUUUGUAUUAAAUUGAACAGUAAUGGAUGGAACUACCUGAAAACAGGCGUUGUUUUGAAGGAGACAACCAGAAGGUAUUGUGGGAAAGAACAGAUGGAUAGGCAGGGGCAACUAAUCUGACCCCAUGCCCUUCUUGAAAAGGAGGUGAGGUUUGUUUUGUUCAGUCCUGAUAAAGCCGUGGCUGACAAGGCAUAAUUUAAAAGCUGCAUUAACAUUGUCAGCAUUAGAGUACGUUUGUCAGAUGAUACGCAGUUCAGCAACUUGGACUUCUUUAAUUACACUGUGUUGCUACAGGCAGAGGGAGGGUGCUUUUCUCAGCUUAUACCAAAGAAUAACAAAUCAUUGAUUCAAAGUCAUUCACAUUGCUCAGUAGAGGAAAACAGAUUUUAUCAAAUAUUAAGGGCACAAUGGCACUACAACAACAGAUUCUUCAUCAUAAACGUUUAUGCAGUACUGUAGUGCCAGUAAUAAACAUAAAGAUGAGAACCACACUGUGUUGUUUUCUGAUAAAUCAGAUCCCACUGAAUAUAAUAUAUAGAAUAGGAUGCUAAAAGCUAUAUGGGGUCAUUACCGUUUUUUUGUAUGGAACAAUCGUUAUGGCAGCAUGCAAGGCACUGCCUUAUAGGCAGCAGUGUGGAGUAGUGGUUGGAGCUCUCACUGCAUAAAGGGACAGUGGUUGGUUCAAAUCCCAUGUGGAACACUGCUGUCGUGUCCUUGACUGAGGUACUUUGCUCAUAUUGCUUCAAUAAAACGCUGUAUAAAUGGGUAAGUUGCUUUGGAUAAAAUCAUCAGUCUAGUAAAUUUAUAAUAAAAAGCAAUGGCAGUGGUAAAAAUCCUUUCACAAAACUUGUCUGAUAACACAUUAUGCCUGAUACCGAAACCUUAAAUACAAAGCCUGCCCCUUGACCGAGUGACAUGUCUGAAGUAACCACAAUGCUCCACUGUUGGUUGUGGACAUGAGCUUUCAAUGCAUUGCUGGUGUUAGAACAUCGCAUGCUUAGUGUAGAAUCAAAAGAGCAGCAGUCAUCUUUUAGAAGACUUAGGGUGAACCCAUGUGAUCAGUGACAAAAGGCGUAGGAUUAAAAGAUGGGAUUUCGAUUUGUACGUAAGAGUUUAAAAAAUAGCAAUUUAGCUGAAUUUAAGUCACAAACAAGAACCAAAAUGUCUGAGACAGCAGUCUAGCCAGGGAUCAACAGGGGGCUGCCACUCUGACAGACCACCUCGGUGAUUUCCACAGUGUGUCUAUGCUCCAUUGGCCCUGGACAGACAUUGCAUAUCAGUGUCACCAGAGCUCUGUACACUGAUGGACAGAAGUGCCAGUGGGGCAUUUGAUUCCUGGGUGAUUUACCAAGCAGUUGAACUGUUGAAAUCAAACCAAAUACCCAGGGUGAAUUACAAACCAAGGAGUGGAAGUUUCAACCAUAUUUAGUGGCUUUAUUGUGAAUCAAAUCAGUUUUUCAUAUUAACUCAUGCACUUGUCUCUAAGACCAGGAAGGUUGAAUUUUUUUCUUAGGGAAGAUAGGUGGAGGUUUGAAGGUGUGUUUGUAUUUGCUUUUUUAUUAAGUUCAUUGAGUCUAUAGUUUAUUUUAUUUCUGUUCAUAUGCUCUUUGAGAGGCUAUACACAUUGAGUCAGAAAUCAACACCACUGCUUUGUUUUAAACCUUUUCUAUGUCUUUGCAGAUGCAGCCAGAUACCUCACAAAUAUACCUGUAUAUACAUAGAUUAUAAAUACAAAAUAU